GACUGGACGCUUCGUUAAAAUGUUUAUAUCCGAUUAUAAUAAAAUUUCGUGCGGGAAAAUGUACGGCUUAAGCAAAGUUUUAUUCCUGAUUGGACUUUUAGUGUGUACGAAUGCUAAGGAUUAUAAUAAGCAUUGGGCUUUGAUUGGGAAUCCACUUCUUCAUGCCACCCCUUGCAUCGGAAAUAGUAAAGUAUCUAUAUCAUUUGAACCGGGCCUGGCACCGGAGGAAGAAACUAAAUACAAUUUAUUUAUACACGGCCCUUUCCCCGAACACACGACAAUCAAAAUGAAAUUCGAUUCGCCCGCCAAUGUGACUCUGAGCAACGACAUAGGCAAACUAGCAAGAGUGUCUUCCUCUGCUGACGGAAUGUUCUUCAUCAAAUACUUUAAAGGCGGACCCUAUUUCAGUGCAGAUGUGAUAGGUUUAAACUUAUCCGUAGUACCUUACCCGACCACUAUUAACUUAAACUUCGUCGAAUACUGCGAGCACCCGGCACUUGGAAUCUUAGACGAAUAUAUCAACGGAUAUAAAUCAACAGCCUCAUCUACUUAUACAGAACACGAUGACAACUGUGGAAGAAUUAAAAUCUCCGAAAAACAAUGCGGUGAAAACGAAGAACCUAUGCCCUGGCAUGCUCUUAUCAGAGACGACAACUCUACAAUAUGCGCUGGAACGUUGAUAUUACAGAGAUAUGUUUUGACAGCCGCUCAAUGCGUCACAAACUUAGGCGUUGCGAAGAACGCCACAACUCUGUCUGUGGUUCUUGGGAAAUUUAAUAACACAAGUGAUGAGUGCUUACAGGAAAUGGAGGUGGAAACAGUAUUUGUUUACGAUGGAUACAAUUAUGAAAAUGGAACAAAUAACAUUGCGUUGUUAGAACUGAAGAACGAUGUGGUGUUUAACGAAAAAGUCCAACCUGCGUGUCUGUGGGAAUUCAGCGCAUACAAGAAGUUAAAUUUGAAAGACAUCAAGGGAUCUGUCAUAAGCACAACUCUCGGCGAUGAUAUUGAUGAAGGUCUCGAGGUAGUGAAUAUGAAAAAGCUUAAGUCUUCUAAAGAAGUAAAUGUUUAUAGGGAGGAAACAUUUGAAUCCAAAUUCAACGCCACAUCUAUCAAUCAAUCCGAAGCCUGCAAACUAGUUGGUAGCGGAUUCAUGGUGUUUGUUCCGGAUUCCCGUGAAUUGAAUAGCACCGGAGCGUGGUACAUCCACGGAAUCGUUGCUACGAACGAUUCGACACUAAGAUGCGACUCUAGCGAUCCCACUGAUUUCAUCAACUUAGACUACUUCAGAGGCUGGGUCCUGAACAAAAAGAACAGAUCUUAUAGUAUUUAUUAGAUUUGUUAUUUUAUUGAUUGCUAUCGAGUAACAAUAGUUAUGACCAUCAUUUUGUAAUAGGGUCGUUUUCAAUUUUGCGGUAGAAAAAUAUAACGAUCUCAUGAAUUUAAACUUUCUAUUCUAUUUUUCCAUUUUUUUUGUAUUUUGUAUUUAGGCGUGUUCUGAAUAAGAAAUGCUUCAUUACAAUCAAGUCAAUCACUGAUUUAUUGAUAAUAUUAUAUAAUAUUCAUUUAUAUUUUUUCAUUUUAAAUACAAAUUUGAUAACGCCAUCAC